UCGGUUCUUUGUGCAGAGACAUAUUCGCAGUUAUCGUGUACAAUUGGGCGCGAGUGAAGAUGAGGAAAUCGUCAGUUUCUGGGCCUGAAAAGCCAGGCACAAGCAACGAAAAGCAGACUGGCAAAGAGGAAAAUCAAUCUGCAGCGGGUACGAGUAAGAGUAACCCAGAGAGUAAGCCUGCGGCGAGCAAAACUGAGAAUAAACCUGCAGCGAACAAAACUGGGAAUAAGGCUGCUGUGAACAGACCUGCGAAGAAGCUGUCAGUGAGUAAAAUCGCGAUUAAAAUUGUACCGAAUAAAACUGAAUCCGCGAGGAAACUAACGGUGAGACAAGCUGAACAAAAUGGAAAACAGACAGUGACAAAGAAAGAGCAGCCUGGAUCAAGUGAAAGAAACACCGCGACGAAGACUCAGUCUACGGUUAAGAAGAACUUAUUGUUUCAGCAGACGAGGGACAUAGAAACGGGAAAACAGUCCUUACGGACGGAGACGGAAAGAGAAGUACACAUUACCAAAGGGAUAUUCGAAAGGGAAAUCGAGAGAAAGAUACAACACAUCGUUGACGCGUGGUCAUUUAACAAACGAAAAUUAUCCCCUCCGAAGAGGUCGAUUACGAGAACCGUUCGAAGUCGAGUGCAAGCAGACGAUGAAGAGUACAACAUGAAUCAUGCUCGAACAGGUGUUGCGUUAAUCUUCAAUCACGUAUACUUCCGGAAAAUGCAAGUAAGAACAGGCUCAGAAAAGGACAAAGACAGUAUUUCUGAAGCCUUAAAGCAAUUGCAGUUCGAUGUUCGAUGCUACGAUGACUUAUCAUCGGAAGACGUUCUGCAAGUAUUAAAAGAAGUCGCUGCGGAAGACCACACGGAUGCCGACUGUCUGGUGGUAGUUGUUCUGUCGCACGGUUCAUCUGGUUACAUACAUACGUUCGACACUAUGUAUAAGGUCGAGUCGCUGUGGACCCGUUUCAUCGCUGAACGAUGUCCCACCUUGGCGGGAAAGCCAAAGUUGUUCUUCAUUCAGGCAUGUCGUGGAAAUAAAGGAGAUAACCCAACGAAUAUUGAUGUAACGGACGGCACAAGUGCAACCCCCUACACUAUUCCUUCCCAUGCGGACAUUAUGAUUGCCUAUUCCACUAACGACGCAGGUUUCUUCUCAUUCCGAAAUGUCGAAAACGGUUCCUGGUUCAUACAGGCUCUUUCUGAGGAGCUUACCCAAAACUGGCGAACCCGUGAUCUAAUGAGGAUAAUGACUUCAGUGACUCGUCGUGUCGCCAUCGAUUAUAUAUCGAAUGUAUAUGACGACGAGACGAAGGAUAAAAAGAAACAAGUUCCUUCUGUUGUCACCAUGUUGACGCGGUUAGUGUACUUCAGUGAUAAAUCGUUGCAAUAAUGGAAAAGGAAGAGAGGAACGUCUACAGGGUUGGCUGAAAAAUUCGAUCGACCUGUUUUAUCCAUGUAACAAGCAUGUUAAAAUAUCCCCUUACUGAUUCGCGGAAACGAGAGCUGGAUGUGUUAACGGAAGAUCGAAAUUGCCGAACUGGAAUUUAGUCGGUUGAUAUCCACAACGAGAUCCAAUUACCAGAGGAACACGUUGACCAUGGAGAAACUGGGAGAUUUUCGAUUGGACGGUUAAUUAAUCCAUGAUAGUAAUCGAUUCUUUUAGUACUAACACGAAACAGAUCUCCUGUAUAAAAGAGGAUAAAAGGAAAAUCUCGAUCUAAUCGAUUCGAUCGCGUAGAAGAUAACACAACCGAGGCUGAUUAGAUAAGAACAUUCUUACAUAUUUAUAUUAGUUGAAGUAUAAAGGAGAAUAAUCUGUUAAUCUAGUUAUAAGAUAGUAUAGAUUAUUAUAACUCUUUAAUUUGUUAUUUUAAAUUAUUUUUAUUACAAGUGAUCUAUACAGCGGUGAUAAUUUUUUUAUCUUAUAUUUUGCAAUUCAAAGUUAUACUGUUAAAGCUCACUGCAUUUCCAAUUUCUAUUUCAAGUUCGCUAAUUUGAAAAUUAUGUUCGGAAAUGAAGAAAAUUCAGUUUGAUUUAAUUGACUGAUUUCUGAUGAAAUUAUCAGUUACCUCUUUAAUCAAAAACUGUAAUAAUACUUUUAAAAUAUUUUUCAUUAUUUGACCGAAAGGUUCGCUGUUUAUGGUACCAAUAUUUUUCCCGAAGAUUUUCUUUAUGUUCAUAGUUCGAUGCUAAUCGGAUGAAAGUUUUCGCAGCAGACGCUUCGAAUUUUCCAGGAAAGAUCGGUUGAAAUUCGCGAACUUCGGAAACUCGAGUAGUAAACCGUGGAAAAAUGUAGAUUCAAUCUUGCUGCUGAAUCCAUUGUGAGCUUUUAGUUAGCACCACCGUAGACUUUAGUUGCACAGCAGAGUUUAAAGAAGACUUUAUUCGUUUAAUAUAAGAAGCGGAUAACCGAGUACAUACGUUAUUUUAUUUAGUGCUAUUGGGAACGUUUAAUGAACACCAUAAAUAACUUGAUGCAAAAUUAAAAGUUAUCCAACUCUUGCAAAGAAACUAUUUUAACUAUAUUAUUUCGACGGAUAAUAGUCUUCUUAAUACCGUUAACGGAUUUGCUAAUGAAAGCACACAUUAAACUUUAAUAAUUAUUAAGAAGCAUGGUACAACGUCAAAAUGAAAUUCAAGUGAAAGAAUAUUUUCAAUAUUUUUAAUUUUACAGUGAACAAUUAAUUUACGAUAUUAAAACAUACGAUCGUUUUUAUUAUUUACGGAAAAUGCAGCAGAGAAUAUAACUACGAAUGCUUUUAGUUCUAUGAAAUUCGUAAUUGGUCCGCUCAACCAUAAUGGGCCAAGUCCAGAUAACUUCAUUUUCUGAGAACCGACUUUAAAGCAUAAUUACUGCUAUCAGCUAGAAAAUUUAUAGAGCAUAUAUUAUAUAUAUAUAUGUAUAUAUCUUCGUGUUUGAACAUCUUGUUUAUUUAUUUUACUUUUCUAAAGAGGAGAAAUUCCUUUCAUUUUGAAAUUAGUAUAAAGUUAAAUUUAAACUAUUAUCUCAGUGGUUCAUGAUCCAAAGGUUGAAUAAUUAUAGAUUUCUCAUUUUUUUCGUAAUCUCGAGAUGGAAUGUAAUUUAAAAUAUUAUGAAAUUUAAUCAAGAAUGAUGGAUCAAAUUUCUGAUAGAUUUUUGAACAACUGAUUGGAAUUGAAUGAAUACAGUAUUUUAUGUAUGGAUUUCAUCGUAUUAAUAUCGCCAGCAUGUGUAAUGUAGGAGAAGGUAUUAAUCGAUGUAUCUGUUGCAUUAACCAGUAUAGCGUGCAUGUCAUACCUUAUCAUGUAAAUCCGGAUUACUAUGUCAAUUAUGACAAAGCUAACAGUAAUUGUUGAAUUUUCUCAGAUUAGCUGUUUAGAAUAAUAUUGACACAACAGAAUGAAAUACCAGGUUAAUUUUCAAUAAACCGGAUUUAGCUUGUAUAUAUCGUAUUCCUCCUUUCGAUCAUAAUUACUAAUCUAAUUAUCUGCUCAAUUGUUAUGGUAUAAUCGUAGUUAGAUAUUUAUUUCUGUAAUUUAUUACCAAUAACCAAAUAUUGUGCUUUUUAUUGUAAUGAAAAAUACAAAAAU